GGCGACAAAACAGUACUCGGGCGAUGAUGGUUUGUGUUCAUAUUCGUUCAGGCCGUGGCCGAGUCGUAUCAGGAGUUCCACGGUAUUCGUUACUGUCGUCAUUACGUGUGUUACGCAAAAUCCAUCAUUAGACAUAAGUUUUCGGUGUUAAUCAUGUUCAAAUUCGUCGCGAUCCUAUCAGCGGCGCUGCUGUGCGCCCUGGUUCGCGGACAAGGAGACCCUGUUGCCGAGUACCGGUUGCCAGAAAAUACGAGUCCCAUAUCGUACGCUUUGUGGUUCGCACCAAAUUUUUCUAAUUGGACCUUCACGGGCGUGGCUAACAUAACGAUAACAACAGGAACCCAAAACGUCGAAAAAGUGACGUUAAAUCUCAAAGACCUAACCGUGAAUAACGUAUCAAUCGUGACUGUAGACACCCCAAAGAAAGUAGACAUAAAAGACUUAGUGUAUUUAACCAACAACGAACAGUUUGAAAUUCAAUUGAACAAGUUUGUGCCUGCGGGUAAAAAUUUGCUCUUGACUAUUAAUUACGAGGGGAAAAUUCGAGAAGACAUGACUGGUCUGUACAAGAGCUCGUACACUGAAGGCGGAGAGACCAAGUGGUUGGUCGUGACGCAAUUUGAACCGACGUACGCUAGGAGAGCGUUCCCGUGCUACGACGAACCCAAAUAUAAGGUUCCGUUCAACAUAUCGGUGGUGGUACCAAAGGAUAUGAUAGCAUUGUCGAAUAUGCCGAUCUUGAAAACCGAGAGCGGUCCAGAUAACAACACAGUUUACUUCAAAGAAACUCCGGUGAUACCUACUUACUUGACAGCUAUAUACGUGGGAGAAUUCGUUGCAGAUAAAAAUGAAUCAAUAAUAACAGUUUACACACACGAAGAAAUGAUAGGCCAAACUGAAUACAUAGCGAAAGAAGCUCCUAAACACUUAAAAGUACUGGAGCAAUACACGAAAAUCGAUUACAUGCUUCCCAAAAUGGAUCUGCUGGCAAUACCUGAUUUCAGUGCCGGCGCGAUGGAAAAUUGGGGAAUCAACACUUACCGAGAGAGCUUUCUGCUGGUGCCAAGUGAUUCGAAAGCAAGAAUGAAAAUUCGAUCCUCAGAAGUUGUACAACACGAGUUCACCCAUCAAUGGUUCGGUGAUCUAGUGACUUGCAAAUGGUGGGACUAUUUGUGGCUGAACGAGGGUUUCGCACGGUACUUUCAAUACUUCGCCACCGGCAUGGUGAGGACCAGUUGGUCGAUGGAAGAACUGUUCGUGGUCGAAGCGUUUCAAAAUUCAUUAGCAUACGACCAGACACCCAGACAUCCAAUAACUGCAUCUGUAAAAACUACCGAAGAGAUCGAAGAUGUAUUUGAUACCAUAUCGUAUAGCAAGGCGGCAUCCGUUUUGAGAAUGUUGAAGUACUUGGUUACCGAAGAUCUAUUUCAAUUAUCCCUUCAAGAGUAUUUAAACAAACUCAGUAAAAGUAUAGCCGAGCCUUCAGACUUGUUUUCAUCAUUCGACAGUGUUUUAUUCGACCAUGACUAUGAAAUUGGAAAUAACUUGACAGUCCAUGAGUUCAUGUCAAAUUGGACUUUACAAUCGGGAUAUCCGGUUUUGAAUAUCACGAGAAACGCAACAAUAAAUACAUUUUUAGUGACUCAAGGCCAAUUUUACGUCAAUAAGACCGCCGGAAACAUUAACGAAACGGCCGCAUGGCACAUUGGUCUCACGUACACAACCAGUGCAAGCAAAAAUUUCACUUACACUCAACCGUCCGUUUGGACGAACAAAACAAAUGCGUCGACCGUUUUUCCGGCCCCCAGAGAUAUAGAUUGGUACAUAUUCAACAUACAAUCAAUCGGUUUGUACAGAGUAAACUACGAUAUCGACAACUGGGUGGCGCUUAUAAAGCAGCUGAACGAUUCGCCCAGUAGUAUCCACGUGCUCAAUCGCGCUCAGCUAAUAGACGAUGCGUUCAAUUUGGCAAGGUCUGGCCAAUUAGAUUAUUCGGUGCCGUUGAACUUGUCCAAAUAUCUGAAAAACGAAAACGACAUUACACCGUGGUAUUCGGCGAUGAACGGCUUCGCGUACUUGUUAGAGCGCAUGCCCCGCAGCGACAAAGGAUAUGAAGACUUAAAGUCUCACGUCAGUAGCUUGGCCGGUAUCGUAUAUAGAAAUCUAGAAGACCUCGCGGCGAAAAACAACACCGAAUUUAAAGUGUUGAGCGCUUGGGAAACGUUCUCCAAGUGGGCGUGUAAGUUGGAGAACAAAGAUUGUACGAAGAAGGCACAGGAAUACUUCAACAAAUGGCAAAAAGGAGAGAUAAUACCUGCCGAUAUCAAGGACGCGGCUUUCUGCGUCGGAGUGAAGAACAGCAACAAUUCAUCGGUAUUUAACAACAUGUUUGCGUUGUACAGCAGCACAAAAUCAAUCUCGGAAAAAUAUUCCGCUGAGUUCGCUUUAGGAUGUUCUACUAACAGGACACAAUUAUCCGAGCUUAUAAACCAUAUUCUAGAUGGACCCGGAGGACCGAUCAAAGAAAACGACAUUAGCUCUAUCGUAUCUUCAAUAUCAACGACUCCAUUGGGUCUCAGUGUGUUGUACGAAUUUCUGUCAACCAAUAUAAACAAAACUUUGGAUCAGCUAGCUACCGGUGAAGACGUUGUAACAAAUAUUUAUUCCACCCUUGCUACCAAGAUGACGAAUGACAAAGAUAUCGAAAAUAUAAAAAAUUUGAAGAACAAUUCAACACUUCGUGCUUCCGUACGACCGUCGUUUGAAGAAUCAUAUAAAAAGGUCGACCAUAAUUUGGCGUGGUUCGAUAGUUAUUCCGUUGGAAUUAGCUCAUGGGCGACGACGUACGGUGAGAAAGAACCCGAGAUAGUAGAAGACCCCACACCAAAGCCCACAACGGGCUCUUCAACUGGUACUACUGUUUCUCCUGUAACGGGUCAUCAACCGACCACUACUUCAAAACCAUCCAGUGCUACUUUGAAUACGUACAGCAGUCUUGUGAUUUUACAACUCACGGUCUUAACAGUAUUGACUAAAACGUUCAUUUUGUAAAAUUGAAUUAUGAGAUCCUAAUUUACGAUAUGACUGUAUUCAUGUUGUAUUUGAAAUUACAAAGAUUAUAUUUAUAAUAA